AUGGCAACAAGAGCAACAAGAGCAGCAUCAGAAGUUGCAAAAACUAAAGCAGCAACCAAUUUACCAAGUAUAAGAAAAAGAAAAUCAAUCGAGAAUGAAGAAGAGGAAUCCAAACAUAAUACAUCAAUUAACGAUGAUGGAGAAUUAGAUAGUGAUAUUGAUGAAGAGGAUGAAUCAAAAUUUGAAAAAGAAUUUACUGUUAAAAAAAGACAAAAGAAAUCACCAGCAAAAACUCAACAACAACCACAAAAAUCAAUCACUACACCAACUAAACCUACACCAACUAAAACAACCUCAAAACCAACUAAACCAUCAGCUACUACAUCUCCAUCACAACAAAAACAAUCUUCCCAAUCAUCUCAAAAUACUAGUAAAAAACAAGCAACCUCAUCAUCAUCACAACAAUCAACACAACAAAAGAAGAAAGAAACUAAAAUUAAAUAUAACUUAAAACCAAUUAACAUUGAAAGAUUAGCAACUUAUGAUCAACAUAUGAGUGGUACACUUUCAAAUGAAAAAAUAAUAAAAAGAUUAAAGAAAUUAGAUGAAUAUUUACAAGAUAAAAAAAGAGGUAAUACAGAAGGAUUAGAGAUUGUAUUAGAAGUUUUAAUUGAUCCAAAGUUUGCAGAUAAUAAAAUAUUUGAAAUUAGAUUAAUGACAUCAUGUUGUUUAUCAGAGAUAUUUAGAAUCUAUGCACCAACAUUACCAUUCGAUAUGGUGGUAUUAAAAGUUGUAUUCAAAUUAUUUACGGAACAAGUUUUACAAGGUGAUAAAGUUGAUAAGAAAUUAUUUCCACAAUAUUUCCAAAUGUUGGAGAGAUUAUCAGUGAUAAAGGUAUUUGCAUUAUUGGCACUUGUAGACUCAUCAAUGUUGACACCAUUCUUUAAAGAUUGUCUAUCAAGAGUGCAUGGUGAUAAAGAACAUCAACCAAUGGAUAUAAUGUUUUCAACUCUAUUAAACACGAUCUUGGAAUCAUUAGAAGAGGUACCAACUUCACUUUGGAAUGAAUUAUUAGAAUCAUUGAUUGAACGUGAAAAAGGUGGCGUACCAACAUCAAAAGCAAUCUUUACACAUGAUUUAAUUGAAACAAAUUCAAGAUUCCUUCAAGUUCAUUUUGAUUUAUUCUUACAAGAUUUAUUAGAACCUGAAAUAUUAGCAGGAGGACAGCAACAGCAACAACAAGAUUCAUCAUUAAGUAAUAAUGGUAUUUCAAAACAAUUAAAAAAGAAAAAGAAUGAAAUUCUAUUUGAAAUGUUUAAUAUUUUACCAGAAUUUAUUUAUCCAGCAUUACAAAAUUUAGAAUUUGAUUUAGAGGAUGUUAAUGCAUCAAUUAGAAAAGGUGCAGCAAUAGUGUUAUCAAGAUGUUACUCGACAGAAAGUGCCUCUGAUGAAUUGAUUGCUCAAAGACCAACAUUGUACACAACAUUUUUAAAUAGAUUUCAUGAUGUUGAUAUUAAAAUUCGUACAGUUAUGAUGGAAUUUUCAGAACAUUUUACCACCACAUCAGAUUUGGAAAUGGAAAGAGUUUUAAAGAGUGUUCGUGACAGAUUUAGAGAUUCAGAACCUGAUAUUAGAAUUAAAGCCAUUCAAAUCUUUCAAAAGUAUAUCAUAAAGAAUCCAGAGUUGAUGAAUCCAGAGUUGAUGUCUGAAUAUUUGGAGAGAGUUAGAGAUAAAGAUAGCAAAGUUAGGAAGGAUGCUGAAAUUUCCCUAUCAACCGUUUGGAGAUCAGUUCGUGAAAAGUAUGGUCCAAUAGAUGAUUGGUCAAAUACAUUGAUCGAUUGUUUCUCAACUAUUCCAAAUACAUUAAUUCAUUGUUUAGGUCUUUAUGAUGAUGAUAAAUAUAGAAUAGAGAUUGCUUUCGAUUCAAUUCUUUUACCACAACAUAGUGAUGUUAAAAAUAGAUCACAAGUAUUCUUGGAGAUUUAUAAAUAUUUAGAUGAAUCAAAUAAACAAUUAUUUAAAAAGUAUUUAGAAGAAAAGAAAUCAUUACGUCAAGAAUUUUUAGCAUUAAUUCAAUUUUUAAAGAAUCCAAAAGUUGUUGGUGGUUCAACUACACCAACUUCAAAGAAAUCACAACCACCUCAACAACAACAACAACAACAACAACAACAACAACAACAAUUACAACAACCUGAAAAUGAUAUUGAAGUUUAUAUUACACAUGUCGAUAAUUUAUUACCAAAAUUUAUUGGUGAAAGUUCAAAGAAAUUAGUUCGUCAAUUGAUUACACCAUCGAAUAAAAAGAUUUUAGAUUUAUUGGUAUUAAUCUCUGAUAUAAAUACAACAUUUCAAGAACAAUAUAAUAUAAAGAUUUCAAUUAUAUCAAAGGCUCAAAAUGAAUCAUCAUUCUCAGAGUUUAUAAAAUAUAUGGUAAAUAAAUUGGCAUAUUCUAUAGUUGGUAAAGAGAAUAUUAAAUAUUUGUUAAGAGGAUUAAGAAGUGAUUUAGGUUUAGAUAAUUUCGAUAAAAAUAAUCCAAUUGAUUUAUUGGAAGAGUUUAACGAGAAAAUCUACGAGAAAGAGGUUAAAGAUGGUGUACCAGAGACAUUAGAGGUUUUAUUGAUGUUGUCUCAAGUCUAUGCAAAUAUUUUCGAUGAUUAUGGUGAUCAAUUAGUUGGUUUCUUAACUUGUUCAAAGUCAAUAGUUUAUCCAGUUUUACAAAUUCUAUCAAAUUCUUGGAAAACUUUGAAACUAUCAAAGAAAACCCUAAAGAGUACAUUGGAUAUGUUAUUAAGAUUGACUCAAGUACCACAACCAACACUUGCAAGAUUAGCAUUCAAAACCUUUAUUAAAUUUGCAACACCAGCUUUAACAAGUAUAAAUUCAACCAAUGGUAAAGUUGAUAACAAUAAAUUAGUGGUCACAUUGAAAGAUUUAGCAAAUAAUUUAUUCGAUCAAUUAGAGGAUAAAUCAAAGAAUCUCCUUUCAAUUCUAGAGGUAAUUGGUUGUUUGGCAAAGGGUUAUUCAUUAGUAUUAUCAGAACAUUUGGAUACAUUGGAUAUUUUAUUAAUUAAAAAGAUUAUGACUGGAGUUUGUACAUUGGAUUUCAAUCAAAAGGUACAAUUAAAUAAAUCUGUCGAACAUCAUUUAAAUACUUCCUAUAGUAAAGAUGUACUAAUAAAGAUUGCUGCAAUUAAAUGUAUGUCAAAUUAUCUAUUGGGUUUACGUGAAAUUACAAAGAAAUCUCAUGAAAUGGUUAAUAUGCUAUUCGAAUUCUACAUUGGUUUAGACAAAAAUAAAACUUACAAUGAUUUGGAAAAGAGUCAUCUAAAAAUUCAUAUUGCAAUAGGUUUAUUAAGAGUUUUCCAAAGAAGUCAAUACGAGAAAGAAAUUACACCACAACAAUUCAUUCUUAUUUGUAAUUCUACCUCUAUCACUACUAAACAAAGAGGCGAUCCAUUAAUUAGAAGAUUAAUAGAAAAGUUGGCAAAAGUGAUGAUUUUAAAUCGUUUACCAAUGAAGUAUAUGGCUGCUUUUGGUAUGGCUGCUCAACAACCUUAUUCUGUGUUGGCAUUGGUUCGUAAACAUUCAACAUCAAUUAUAAAAACUAGAAGAAUGGUUAUAUCUCGUUUGGCUGCAUCAUUAUCAAUGGCAAAGAAUUUAACCGAGUUUUAUCCAGAAUCUUCAAUGCCUUACUUUUUAUAUGUAGUUAGUCAUCGUGAGGAUUUUGAAAGGGAUGCUCCUGAUUACAUUGAAUCAGCAUGUUAUUUAAACUUUUUCAUCGAUCUAUUGGUAGAGGAAGCCGAUAACUAUUCAAUCAUUCAUACUAUCUUUACAAAGCUAAAGAGAUCAACUGAUGCACUCGAUAAAAAAUCAAAGAAUCAUAUUAUUGCUGCUGAAUUGGGUCUUCAAAUUUUAACUCAUCAAUAUCAACAAAAGAAAUGGAAACCACAAAAACAUCCUAUUGUUAUUGUUUUACCAGAGAAAUUCUAUAUCAUUCAUGAUGAUCAAGAUGAAAUGUCAAUCGAUGAUGAAGUUACCUCAAUUAAAUUACCAAGUUUAUUACCAAAAAGAUUUAAAUUACCACCUUUACCUUCUAUUACUGAUCAAAAUAAUAAUAAUAAUAAUAAUAAUACUAACUCAACCAAUAAUGAUGAAUCAGAAAAAGAUGAAAAUAAUAAUAAUAAAAAUGAUAAUGAUAAUGAUAAUGAUAAUGAUGAUAAUUCCACUACAGCAGUACCUCAAAAAUCAAUAAUAUCAAAACCUCCAGCCAAAAAAGUAUCAAAAAAAGCAGCAGCAAAACAAAAAUCACCAAAAAAGAAAACAAAUAAAAAGAAAAAACAAUCUAGUAGUGAAGAGGAAGUAUCUAGUAGUGAAGAGGAAGAUGAAAGUCAAGAUGAAGAGGUCGAGAAUUAA